CGCCCUCGUGCCCUGAAGCAGCGAACUUCCGGCCCGCUCCUCCAACUGCUGUCAAAGUAGACACACAAGCCAGCCAGCGCUAUGUUAUCACGGUCCAGAUGUGCAUACCGGACGCUUGGUCGCUCUCUGUCGGCGGUGAGCCAGGCCAAUAAUGUGCUUGUCCGACAAAGUGUAUCAGGCCUCCCUGUCUGCAGCCGGCUAGUUUACAGGAAUUCUCAGCUAUGUGAAUUUCCAUCAUCAGCGAAUGUCCUCCACAUCAGAUACUUCAAGACGUCUUCUGUUCACAGGGAUGAGGUUGUCACAGUCAAAACUCCUGCGUUCGCAGAGUCUGUUUCAGAGGGGGAUGUGAGGUGGGAGAAAGCUGUGGGCGACUCAGUGACAGAAGAUGAGGUGGUGUGUGAAAUUGAAACUGACAAGACCUCAGUACAAGUCCCCGCUCCGGCAGCCGGUGUAAUUGAGGAACUGCUGGUGCCUGAUGGAGGGAGGGUAGAAGGAGGGACGCCUCUCUUCAAACUCCGGAAAGGAGCUGUUGCUGCCAAAGCUGCUCCCUCCCCAGCUGCAGAGGCACCAGCUGCAGCCCCUCCACCUCCACCACCACCUCCUCCAGCUCCAACCCCCACUGCCAUGCCUCCAGUGCCCCCAGUGCCACCACAGCCUGUCCAAGCCAAACCUGUUUCUGCCAUCAAGCCGACAGCUGCAGCUCCAGCACCAGCUCCUCCUGCAGCAGCAGGCCGAGGAGAAAACAGGGUGAAGAUGAACCGUAUGAGGUUGAGGAUCGCUCAGAGGCUAAAGGAGGCUCAGAACACCUGCGCAAUGUUGACCACCUUCAACGAGGUGGACAUGAGUAACAUUCAGGACAUGAGGAACAUUCACAAGGAUGCUUUCUUGAAGAAGCACAACAUCAAACUGGGAUUUAUGUCAGCGUUUGUGAAGGCUGCAGCACACGCUCUGACUGAACAACCUGCCGUCAAUGCUGUUAUUGAUGAUACAACCAAAGAGAUUGUCUACAGGGACUACAUAGACAUUAGCGUCGCUGUGGCAACUCCAAAGGGGCUUGUUGUACCUGUGAUCCGUAACGUUGAGACCAUGAACUUUGCUGACAUUGAGAAAACCAUUAAUGCACUGGGGUUAAAGGCUCGUAACAAUGAGCUCGCUGUUGAGGACAUGGAUGGAGGCACCUUUACCAUCAGCAACGGUGGCGUGUUUGGCUCCAUGUUCGGUACGCCCAUCAUCAACCCCCCCCAAUCUGCCAUCCUGGGCAUGCACGGCAUCUUCGACCGACCUAUGGCCAUCAAUGGCAAGGUUGAGAUCCGGCCCAUGAUGUAUGUGGCGCUGACGUAUGACCACCGACUCGUUGACGGCAGAGAAGCGGUAACUUUCUUACGCAAGAUCAAAGCGGUGGUGGAAGAUCCACGAGUGCUGCUUCUGGAUAUGUGAUGUUUCUACAAACACAUUACUCUUAUUUAAAGUAUGCAUCUUUAAAUGAACUCCAUGUCACCAAACACGCACAAGUCAUACAAAGUCGCCUACACAACUACUGUUGUCUUUUUAACAGUCUGACUGGACUGCGGGGGAGAUACUGGGGUUGUGUUCCAACUCUCACAUAGAGCUUAAAUACGUGGUAUUAUCUUUAGAAAAUAUGCUAAAAAAAUGGGCUUUGGCUAGAUCAACAAAGUAAAAAAAUUGCUUGCCAUCUUCUGUCUGUUAAUGAACAUUUGAAUUUCACAAAGAGACAAACACACAUUUACUGUACAAGUCUUAAGAAAAAAAAGGUAUACACACAGGCAUAAAAUGAUGUGGAGAACUCAAAGACAGGUGUGUGAUUAUACCCAUGUGCUCUUCAGAUUGACACAUGAAGUAGCAGAUAAACACUCCUAUCACAUUUGUGUAAUUAUGAAACAAAAUGGCUUUUCCAGGCAACAGUUGGCUGCAUGACUAUCUCCCCUGCUUGUUAGUUGAUGCUCCUCCUGAGCCACUUUUUUUCCACAACAGGGCCAAGUAGAGCUCAUAAAGUAGUUCAAGAUGUUUUUAAUGUAAACACAGGAUUCCUUCGUUUGCUGCUAGUCAUUGUUAGUAGCUAUAGCCUGGAAAAAGGAAUCAGCAAUCGGUAAAGCAGGUUUUUGUAUGGAACAUGUGUAUACCGGCGCCAUGUUUGGAGGUAACUCUGGUUAUGUUCCUGCUUCGCACAGUCAUCCAUGUCCUGUAUCAUUUUUAAUUUUGUUUUUAAGCAUCAAAGUCUAGACAUGCUGAUCAAACUGUUUGGAGCUUUUAGUAAAACAGACACAUGAAUUCACUGUUUAUUAGCAGAAACUGUACAAAACACGAACCAAACACUAGUUGUUUUUUUAAUCUGUAUGUAGAGUGGUACAGGAAUGAGUCCUAAAAUGUGGAAAUGAAUCAGCAUUUUUGCACUUCGGUCCCUCGUUAGUGAGUGUUAAGUGCCUGAAGUAAGGUCUGUGGUUAACAGAAAUGCGUCAGUAAAUACCCCACUAAGGAAUUUUGAAGUUUUUGUAUGUCUAAAAAAAGAUGGUAACUAACAAUUGACUAAAUCAGACUACAGGACGUCGUCGUGCCAAUCGUGGCUUCACAGGCUCAUGGGGCAGUGAUGUUAAAAAGGCAUGCAUCUGUAGUGCAGUUAGUUUAUUGCCUCACAUUUGCUUUUUAUGUUUGGCGAUUUCAUUUAUGUUUCACAGGGUUCCCACAGUCAUGAAAAACCUGAAAAAGUUAAGUAAUUAUUAUCUUGUUGUACAGAUCUGGAAAAGUCAUGGGAUUAGUAAAAAUCAUCGAAAGUUUUGGAAAAUCAAUGGAAUUUUAUUGGGUGUGAUGAAGGUAAUUUUUACAUUAACCUUACAGAGAUGACCUUCCACAUAAUGUAACGCAAGGAUAAAUUUAUCAUUUAUCGCUUCAGAAGCUACGGCAAAUCAAUGUUGCAAUGAACAACUGUUGUAUUGAAGGAUAUCAAGUCAAGCAGAUUAAGUCAAAUCACUAAUUUGCUGCUUGUUACAAAUAUAAAACUCACACGUUAUCAUUUUCUAUGACUAAUACUGGCCAAGCCUUCCCCUUUAACACAGGUUGCGUGUUUUUGUGACUUAGUGUGGCAGCAUUUGUUAUGGAGAGUGAGACUCUCCUGAGUGUAUCUGUGUAGAAAAGAACCAUAACUGGCAAAUGCAGCAGAUAGAGUGAUGCUCAUGCUUUUCUAAGAUGGAAAAUUUACUAUUUAUCCAUGAAAAGUUUUGAAAUGUCCAUGAGAAUGUGGGAGAACCCUGGCUUCAAAAAUUAUAACAGCGAUGUAAAUUCUUAAUGGUGUAAGAUUAUCUUGCUGAACAAACUGUGCAGAAACUUGUUUGCCACAGAGCUUAUUUCUUGCAAUAAUCUAAAAUCCAGUGGAAAAAUCCCAUGGGCUUUUUGUUGAGGGAACUAGGGUGACACUAUCUUUAGGGCUGCCCUAAAAGAAAACAUCAUUCCUGCAGCACUCUAUAUACUUGAUAUUGUUUAUGGGCAAUAUUUUGGGAGUAAUGUUCAAACCGCACAAUUUGGCAGCAGAUUUUUAUGUUGAACUCCAAUGUUGGACGAGAUUUGCAUUGCGCUAUCCUAUAUAUAGUACUUGUAUCUAUUUAAAGAAACAAUUUUAAACAUUAAACAUCUCAAGAGUUUUAUGUAAA